UAAAAACUUCUCCCGAGUGACCUGGGCGGAGGAAGUCAACUCCGUUUGCGUCAUUUUCCAGAUACUUCCGGACCACAUCCGCACCUCGUACACUGAUGAGGGACACUCCGGCGAAUUCAAUUCCUCGCAGGGCGUACUUUUGAACUUCGGCGACCGCGCCUUGUUCGCAGAAUCAACAAAAUCUCGCAAAUGAAGGCGUGACAUUGACAUCACUCCUGUCAACCACGGAACUUCGGUCCUUAUUUGCAUACUGCGAUUAUGCAAUGUGAACCUAAAUAACUUUAAAUUAAUCUAUUCAACCUGAAUCUCAUUGUGAUGCCUUAAAUAGAAGACACGAAUCUCUGGAAGAUCAUCUGCUGAAGAAUCGUCGCUUGGAAUUUGUUUUUUGCAAAAAUGAUCAUUUUUAGAAACAGAAGACUUUUGAUGCAAACCUGCUUUUACCUGGCAGGUGUGGGUUGCAUUUUGUACCUCUACAAGUCUCACGCCUCCAGCAAUAGCCGGAAUAUUGCCCACAGCUUCAACGUAAACACUCUUCACUCUAAAACAAAAUACUCGGAACUUUGUUUCGAGGGUGGGUUGAAACCCUCGAUCGAAUAUCUGGAACAGAAUCUGCAAUCUUGGUCACAGGCCAUCGACCGAAAAUGCCAAAUCUUGUAUGGCAAAUAUCAGGACAUGUACUCGGUCAAUGUGCGGAGAGGCGCCCUUCACCUGCCUGUCAAAUUCAAGGACAAAGUUCUCAAUUGGAUGGGAAGCGAUCCGCAACUCCUUUCUAAGGUCUACAAUCAAACUGUUUACCAUGUGAGGAACAUCUACAGUUUGGAGCACACAGUUUACAAUCCACUGAGGGCCAAGAGACCUUCGUCAGGGUCUUCGUCUGGCUCCAACCCCAGGGAUUACGUCAACAAGCUGGCCAUGUCCACUAAUACCACUUGUGAUUUCUGCAAUUUCAAAGAAAUGACUGCCGAAGACGUCUUUGAUAGAAUUGAGGGGAAGCAUUCAGUCAGUGCGGCAAACGCAUUCAAGCUGGACAAAUGGCACGGACUAAUUCUCACCAAGAAACACAACCCUCUAGACUUGCACCUGGAGGACGUUCUUGACCUUUUCAACACGUCCCUGAAGUGGUUCCACAAAGUUCACUCAAUCGAUCCAAAUGCCAAGUAUCCCAAUCUAAUAUGGGACAGUUUGCCACACGCUGGAGCCUCUCAGGUUCAUCCUCACAUCCACACAAUGAUGGAUCCUCAUCAGUAUUAUGGAGCGCACCACAUUCAGCAAGAGGCUGCUCGCAAGUACCACCAGUACACAGGCAACAAGUACUGGGACGACCUCAUUCAGAUUCACCACGCUCUUGGCCUCACCGUCACUCUCAAAUCUGCAGUUGCCGUUGCACCUUUGACGUCGAAGAAAGAUCACGAGUUAUUUGUCUUGUCCGGAGACCCGUCGGUUGAUAUCUUCACCCUGCUGCACCAUGUCGUGCAGACCUAUUACCAUGACCUCUCCAUAUACUGCUUUAGUGCAGGCUUGGCACUUCCACCUGCCGAGUCUUUGACCUCUCGAAGUCCUGCUGUGAUCCGUAUCGGCACCAGAGGUGACUGCAGUAGUGUCCACAGUGACAUCAGCUCUCUUGAAUUGUAUUCUGUCAACAAUGUGAAUGUGGACCCUUAUAAAGUGGUUGGAGCCCUUCGGAAACGAGUGUCUCACUACAUUCGUAGCUCCGAAGCCAACGAAGAGCGGAAGAUGGUAGUUUGGCCAUGAUUUUAAGAUCCCGAGGCCUUGCUUUUAUGCCUAGUCAUUUCAAACCCAUUUUUAAUAAAUUUAAAAUUUCACAGUCCCA